GGGCGCGCACGUCGCUGUAACCAGAACGACACGGAAGUGGCGGAGAGCGAAUGUCAACAACAAAAAAAGAGACGGCGAAAAGUGUUAACGUUAAUGUUGGCGUCGAAACCAAACGCGAGCGUGACGUCAGUGCUGGGAAGAGAAGCAAAACGGGAAAUUGUUCACGACUUGUUUUUGAGUGACCGCUUCUUGUUUUUUAUGCUGUUUGUAUAUAAAAUCAGCGCGCGCGAGGCUCCUUGGCUCUGAUAUCCUGCUGAGAGCUGAUGGAUCUACUGACAUGAAGUGUUUAUACCACGGAGAAUGAUUUAGUUUGACGUUUUAUUAAAUACAACCUUUUAAAUCUCCGUGGGAAGAACAUCAACAUGCAUUCCCCUUACUGCCUGUGGAUUUUUAGCCUUUUAUUUCUGACAGUUCACAGUCUGGAGCUGGCCUCCAGUUCAGCACAUUGUUUGAAGUCUUCAAAAAUACUACAGGCAAGACAAGGAGAAAUUCACAGUUCCACCCGCUCUGGCCCUUCUAGCCCUGUGAACUGCAGCUGGGUAAUCACUUCCGCAGUAGGAGAGCGUGUGAUUGUCAGUUUCUCAGAGGUUUUCAUUAGAUGUGGCUGGAGCUGGCUAAGCCUGACAACCGCUACAGGCCGGCCUGUGUCAAUUUGUGGAAACGAGCUUCCCAAACCAAAGGAGUUCUACGAGGGAAACAUUACAGUGACGCACCACUUUGUCCCGCACUUCUUCUCAGUUUCACAAUUCCGCCUUUCAUACAUUAAAGACACUGGUCCGUGUUACCCGGGUGAGUUUGAGUGCUACAGUGAGCGCUGUCUUCCAAUGUCCUGGCGCUGUAAUGGCCAGGUCGAGUGCCUCGGGGACGGCGAUGAGCUCGGCUCAGACGAGGAGGACUGUGACCCUGUUGAAGCCCAACCUUACCUGGAAAAUGAGCCCACACUAGUCCCAUCUGAAAACCCAUCAAGCUCAGCUGUUACCAACGUGGAGAUGGGGCGCAGAGCAUCUGACCUCUCCGCUCCAGCCCAGGGUGGGCCCUGUGGAGGGUAUCUGCAGGCCUUUUAUGGUUCUUUUGUACCCCCAGUGCUGACUGGGUCUGCAAUGCAGUGUGUGUGGUCAGUGGAUCCACAGGACUCUCGGCCACUUAAGCUGGAGCUGCAACAGCUGGCACUUGGGUCUAGCGAUGUUCUUAUCAUCACUGACCAGCCUGGUGGGGGCGGCAACGUCAUUACAACUGUCACCUACACAUCCAAUUACAAAACAGUGGAGGUGGAGUCCCCUACUGGUCUGCUGUCAGUAACGUACCGUGUACAGGAGGCCUCUGAUGGGCGGGGCUUUAAUGCCACAUACCGCAUUGCUGAUUACUGUCUUCCUUGGGAAGGUCUCUGUAAGGGCUCAGACGGGGGCUGUUACACGUCGAAGCAGCGCUGUGAUGGCCACUGGGACUGUGCAGAAACGGGUCUGGAUGAGGACGGUUGUGGCGGAUGCCCGGCUGGGUACUUCCCCUGUGGGACACUAGCACUCCAGAGGACGGCGCACAGCCGGCCUGCCUGUUAUUCCAUCAAAGAGAGGUGCAACUACCAGCUGAACUGCGCUGACGGGAGUGACGAGCGAGAGUGCAAAGUGUGUCAGCCUGGCACAUUCCAUUGUGACAGUGACAGGUGUGUGUUUGAGAGCUGGCGCUGUGAUGGACAAGUCGACUGUAAGGAUGGCACUGAUGAAUUAAACUGCACUGUAACUCUGCCUCGAAAAGUCAUCACCGCAGCAACUGUGGGCAGCCUGGUGUGUGGUCUGCUGCUGGUCAUUGCAAUGGGCUGCACCUGCAAACUAUACUCACUUCGGACAAGAGAAUACAGCUUGUUUGCCCCAAUCACUCGUCAAGAGGCAGAAUUUAUCCAGCAACAAGCUCCGCCCUCCUAUGGUCAGCUGAUUGCUCAGGGAAUUAUUCCUCCUGUAGAGGAUUUCCCAACUGAGAACCCCAAUGAGCCCACGUCCCUUUCUCUGAGAGGACUGCUUCAGAUCCUCAGACAGGACAACAUCUCUUCCCCACGCCGAAGACGCAGGCCGCGGAUUGUCCGACGGGCAAUUCGACGCUUGCGCAGGUGGGGUCUGAUUUCCAGACCAACCUCUAGAUCUACCCAGACCACGAGCUCCCCCACAGAACAGACAGAAACUGGUUCUGCAGGCCAGGAGCCCAGACAGUCCGGCCCUACCAGCUCAGCGGUGCCCAGGGAAACUACUGACCAGCCACUGCCACAAAAAGUGUCGCUGUCUCAACAAACAGAGCAAGAACAACAAGCAGAUGCAACACUUUCUCUUUCUCCUUCUCCCCCUCCUCCUCCUCCUCCUCCUACAUCACAUCCCACAACCCCGCCCUCUGUCCAGCCAGCUGAUGCUCCGGAAACACGUCAGACCCCACCUGUCACUGUUGCCCCCAGCAGUCCUUCACUGGCCUCUCUCUUCCAUUCUCUGGGGCUGAGCAUCUCUCGUUUCAGACCUUCGUCUUCCCCUACUGCACUUCCGCUCUCAUCUUCCCCUUCUUUUUCUACCUCUUCCUCAGAAGAUGAAGUGCUACUGAUCCCUCUUUCCGAUGACACAACCUCUGAGGAUGACGUGCCCAUGCUGACUUAAAAUGGACUGCACCCGCUUUCACUUUUCUUAUCUUUUAUCACAUUCUCCCUGUUUUUCCCCUCCAAGCGGCAUCAUGUCUGCAGUCUGCUGGCAAGGUGCCUUAUUUUACAUGAAUAGGUUCAUUUUCCCGAUUAUAAAUGUGUCAAGUAUUGGAUGACUGUGCUGGAGUUUAGUCGCUGUGCUUUUUAGAUGUGCACUUGUGAUGGAAGAAAAAUGUUGCACAAAAAAAUUCUUCCACAGCCUCUCCUAAACGAGUGUGUUUUCAUGCACAAUCUGAUGUCAUCUCAUUUCAGCAUUUUCAUGUGGUUGAACCUGUGCAUGUGUGGAAAUUAUAAGAUUAAGGAACUAAAGCAUGCACUUCAAUUAAAAUUGAGAUGGUUCAAUUGUUCGAGGACAGACAGCGUUAUGUGAAAUUAGCAAUGUUUAAAAUCAUGUUUUUAAAAGCAAACUUUAAAUAUAUUUUCUGGUUAAUGGAACAAAUACUUUCACUACUUUAGCCUUGAUUCUAAAAUAGAUACCAUAAUUUAGUGAGUCUUGCCGAGACAGAUUAUAAUAUUGCUUAAAAACAAGCAAAUCAUUCUUUUUGUUGUUAAGGAUGCUCCGAUUUAUCGGUUAUACCCAAGUAUCGACCGAUAUUUGCCUUGUUAACUGCACUUGGCCUUUCCGUAAAUAAGUUAAUUUUCACUUAUGGCAGUGGCCGAUGUUUUUCUAUUUGCAUCAGUUCAAUGUGGAACUGGUUAUGUGGUGUAUUGGUUAACUGUAGUCUGACUGGGCAACAGUAGCCUAUCCAGCCAGCUACAGCUUAUGGAAAAUUUCAAUAGCUGGCACUGUAAUACCACACAAACCUGCCCUUUUGUCACAAUCUUCUAACGCAGACUGGUGUAUUUUUAUUCAGACAAAAUAAAACAUUGUCCACAUGAGUCCACAUAAACACUGUUUAUUACGGGGAAAGUUCAGCUGGAGGUUAAUUAGUGCAGCACUAGAGCACUCUUCUUUUUUCAAGUCUAGUUUACCAUUAAAAAAAAGAACAACAACAAAAGCAACAACAACAAAAAAAAAAACAUUGGUAUCAGCCACAUUAUAAUUUUGAAUAUCGGCAUCAGCCCAGAAUUUCUCAAUCGGUGCAUCCUUAGUUGCAAUGAUGACUUUCUUUUUCUUUUUUUUCACACAGAAACAUUAAUUGAAAUAUUCUGCCCGGUGUGUUUCCCUUGGCAAAAUUCACAGCAUCAUGCUACAAAUAUCCAGGCUAUUCUCUUGUGAUUUAUUUUUGUACAAUUAAUUAACAUCUGUAUGUAUUUAUAUAUAUUUGUGUGUGGGUGUGUGUGUGUGUGUCUUUUACUGCUAUACACCUGGCUGUGUGUAUUCUUUAGAAGUGCCUUUGAUAGAGCUUCCUAUAGAUCACUAGACAUUAUGUGACUGUAUGUACUUGCACAUGAAGGUCAAACACACACAUGCAAAAGUUUACACCUCAGUUUGAUAUUAAAAUCACCCAGGCCAUGUUUAGGCUAUUGCAUGGCAGAAACGUGUAUAUGUGUGUUUGUGUGAAUGUAGUCACUCUGUUGAGACAAUCCUUCUUGGUGCCUGAGGCAGGUUUGUUAUUUUGCACCACCAACCUGAAUUACUUUAAUGAAAAUUAAACAUUUCUUCUAAUUUCAGCUUCAGUAAAAAGUGAAAGAAACACGAGUGCCAUAACUAUAAUCCUCUUUUGCACUUGCUCUUAUGAAUUCCUUCUUUUCGCCAUGUUGAUAUUGUUUUUAUUACUGAAUGUAUUGAAGCGGCUAGCUGUGUAACAUGUUUCUCGCUAGUGGUGAUUGCAAUAGAAAUUUUGUGGUUUUAAAUGAAAAGAGAAAGAAAAUACUUUUCUUAAGAUGUGUUUCAUUGUAUAUAUGCUGAAAGAUCUAGAGAAACCACAAUGAAUAAAUCAUUUGCACUUUUA